GGAAGAUUGUCUGCUAAAAGAAGCAUGCAGCUGGUUCAGGCCCGCCUUAUCAAGUCCCUCUCUUAUUCUCGCUUGCCGCUGCCACUGCCACUGCCACUGCCAGCAGCUUCCUACACCUCUAACCUUCAACGUAUUGCUUCUUCUCAACCCAAAGAUGUUGCAAAGGUUGUUCUGAAGAAAGGCAAAACACAACUCUUUAAGGAUGGAAGCCCAAUGGUUUACAGUGGAGCAGUUGAUAGAAUAAUUGGUAGACCUCCACCUAAGACUGGAGAUAUUGUGUUGGUAGCUGAUGGGACAGAGAAACCUAUUGGAUGGGGCUUGUAUAAUUCAGUUUCUAUGUUCUGUGUUCGGCUCAUGCAGCUAGAAGAGGAAGCAACAAGAGAUCCUUCUUGCGCACUGGACAUGGAGAAGUUGCUUGAGUCCAGAAUCAAUGCAGCUAUAGAGUUACGUAGAGGAUUAGGGCUUCCUUCAACCACUACAAAUGCAUAUCGUCUUGUCAAUAGUGAAGGAGACAGAUUGUCAGGAUUAAUAGUAGAUGUCUUUGGAGAUAUAGCAGUAGUAGCGUCAUCUGCUGCUUGGGUUGAGAAGUAUAAAUCAAAAGUAGAAGCAUACAUCAGUAGCAUUGAUGAAAUUAAUUAUAUAUACUGGAGACCAUCCGUUGAAAUUUUAAAAGAAGAAGGAAUGGAUGCAUCAGAUGUGAAAGAGUUGCAUCCAUCCACUUGUCCCCAAAGAACAAAGGUCACAGAAAAUGGGAUUUCUUAUGCAAUCUCAUUGGAGGGUCAAAAGACAGGAUUUUAUGCUGAUCAGCGUGAAAACCGAAUGUUCUUAUCAACGAUUUCACGUGGUCUGAAAGUUCUAGAUAUUUGCUGCUACAGUGGUGGUUUUGCACUAAAUGCUGCAAAAGGAGGUGCUAUGAGUAUUACCGGUGUUGAUACAUCAUUGCCCGCAAUAGAGCUAGCCAGAGAAAAUAUUGCUCUUAACAAUCUGGACCCUGGAAAGAUAUCAUUUUUGAGAGAAGAUGCCAAUGAAUUUAUGAAGGGUGCUCUUUCUAGAAAUGAAUUGUGGGAUAUAGUUAUUCUCGAUCCUCCAAAACUAGCACCAAGCAGAAAGGUUCUCCAAGGUGCAUCAGGCAUGUACAGAAACUUAAAUUCACUAGCAAUGCAAAUAACGAGAAGAGGUGGCCUUCUCAUGACCUGUUCUUGUUCAGGAGCGAUGACUCAAAGUGGGAUGUUCUUGCAUACUCUUCAGGGUGCUGCAUCAAGGGCAGGGAGAAAAAUCACAAUCCUAAGACAGACUGGAGCAGCUUGUGAUCAUCCUAUUGAUCCAUCUUACCCGGAGGGUGCAUACCUUUCAAAUAUCCUGCUUCGAAUACUGUGACAUUAAUUACAAUUCUUUUA